GGCCAUAUUCAGAUUCCAAGAUUUGACUUCAACAAAAUAAAUACCUACCUACAUACUCGUAAUAACAAGGCAAGUUAAAUAAUACCUUGUAAGAAUCAAAGUCUAAAAAGUGUACGAAUGGAGCCCAUCUUCCCCUAAGCUGACAGGACAGAAUGGCAACAAAAACGAACCGGCCACUUGCAUGCCGGGCCUAUACGAUAUACGAUAUAAAAGCCAUAAGAACAAAAGGGCGUAUCUUCUCUGCAUUUACGACGCCCUUUUAUGAACUAGAAAAGUUUUUUUUGUAAAAAAACCUGAUUCAUGUUAUUUUUCGACUUCCGCAGCGAUUGUUAAGAAAAUGAUUCACUUCAUCUAUAAACUUUUAUUGAAAGAUUUGAAACCUUGACCUUAUUUUUAAAGACCUAUCAAUUUAUGUAGAUACUUAUCACACGUCGAUAUUUACUAAAAAUAUAUUUAGGUACAUAGGUACUUUAACUUCUAAAUUAUGUUCGAAAUUCCAUUCUACUUUUUGAGAUAAAUAGCUGUGAUGUAUGGACAAACAGACGGACGGACGGACAAGACGUUGAUGAAACUAUAGUUUCCUUUUUUGCCAUUUUGGCUACGGAAUUCUAAAAAUUUGAUUCACCCAAGUAUCGUCAUAUCAAAUUAGUUUACGUCAAAUCGAUAACAUUUAAACUUUAAAUAAGUAUCGCCAACGACUGGCAAACAGCACGUAGGUACAUACAUACGGUAUGUAACAUACCUCUAGUACGUGACAACGCUUUACGAAGACGAAAUUAGCCGAGUCUCUUUCCAAAGACCGAUAGUGUCAAUGUGCAAUAUUUAUCGCCGGUUACUGUACGAUUAACCUGAUAUGUAAAAUGUACCUAAAUUUAUUAAUUCCGUAUCUGACUACAUUUUUGUGCAAGACUACUCAAAGCGCUCUAGUCAUUAAGUGCCGGAAUCAUAUUGACCCAUUUUAUGCACUUUAAUGAUUUAAAUAUACUUUUUUCAAAUUAAGACUACCGGAAAUUGGAAUCACGAUGGACUUAUUAAACCAAGAGGAAAUAAACACUAUAAUUAAACAAUAUGGAAGCUUUAAAGUGCUUGAUUUUUCGAUAUCGAAGUAUUCAGAUGUGUUUAUCGGUUCUUUGGGAGAUCAUUUUAAGCUUAUAGUCACAGUGGAUGACAGUGUUCAGUCUAAAUACAAGUUCUUUGUGAAGUGUAUGCCAAAAAACCAAUGGGUAGCAGAGUAUUUGACGAAAUCAAACUAUUUCCGUCGAGAAUACACAAUGUUACGUGAGCUUUUCGUAGAGUUUGACCGUAAUGGAGGAAGCAAGUGGCGUCCGAGGUCAGUCUUUGUAAAAGAAAAUGUAUUUGUAUUCGAAGACGCGAGAGAAUUGGGAUAUCAAAUGGCUGGAGAAAGUCAAGGAGGCAUUCUGAGUUACAAAGAAAUGCAGGCUGCAGUUAUAGCUCUAGCUCGAUUUCACGCUCGGUCUCUCAUUUACGAGGAAAAAAAGUCUCAAGAACUGCAUAGACCAUACAGAAUUUGGGAAGAUUUUAGCGAACUCCUACAACAAUCACCGGACCACGACUGGCGUAACACAGGAAGAAAUGCUGUCAUCGAAUUUCUCAAAGUUUAUUCGAAACGCAAAAACGAACCAGACUUUUCGAAGAAUGUCACGGAAUUAUUAAUCUCUUUAUUUGACGAUGCAUUGAACUUAAUGAAACCUAGUGCAAAAUACCGGAAUACUGUGAUCCAUCGCGAUCUCUGGUGUAAUAAUAUACUGAUUAAAUCCGAUAAUGAAAAUGAUCACGCACUGAUAGUCGACUUCCAGACAGUUUUGUACGGUGCUCCAACAUUGGACUUGUCUUCACUUAUAUACUUUAACACUACCAAACACUUCAGAGAUAUAUAUCUUCAUGAAAUGCUUGAGAUUUAUUACGAGGAGCUGUCUAAUGAAGUUAAACGUGAACUUAACAUUAUUUUUUCAACGAUUUUGAGUAAAGAUACGUUUAUGGAGUCGUAUGAAGAGUGUGUUCUUUUCGGAAUGACCCAAGCGGCGAUAUUAGUGCCUAUAACAGCGAUGAAAGUGGAAAAGAAAGAGGAAUUAUAUUCUACUCCAGAAUCUGGGCAUAGAAUAAACAACGUGUCGCGCAGUAAGGAAAUAAUUGACGUGGCUAACGAAGACGCGACAUACUGCUCCAGAAUAACAGAGUUAUUUGAAGACAUUGUUGAUAGAUACUAUAAUGUGAAAAGAGAAGUUAAUUAAAUAGUCAUUUCGUUCCUAGAGGACACUGCUGACGAGGUUCAAUCUUGCAAUCAUAAUUCGGCGAUAGAAAAAAAAGUUUAUUCUGGUUUCAUGUCUUACAACUAUUUACAAUAUUCUUCUGCCAAACCACAUAAUGGUUUGUUGGCAGACGAGUCUCCUAUAAUAAUUGUGUAAUAAGGAAGGUGUAAUUUAUACGUAAAUUGAACUUAUAUUAUUAUCUAUUAAAAGUUUUGUGUAAAGUGUA